AUGUCUUUAUUUCGUGGAUUUGCGGCAGCCACAAUCCUUACUGCUACCACAGCAGCAGGAACUGGAAAACGGGGUGCUGCUUACAACAACAACAAUGACUACGGCGAUGCGACCUUUGCGAACAUGCUCUCCAACUAUUCACAAGUCACUUGGGGAUAUGACUGGGGUUUCCCAUCGUACAAUCUCUCGUCUACCUUUGAAUUCGUUCCCAUGCUUUGGGGCCUUCCCAGCGGUGACGACUCCAGCUGGACAGACGCCGUGCAAACCGCCGGGACGAAGAACAUCCUCGGAUUCAACGAGCCAGACCUCACUUACUCCGGCUCCGCGAAUAUCCUCCCCGCCGACGCCGCUCAGGGCUAUAAAACGUACAUGGAACCCUUCAACGGCACUGUUCGAAUUGGAGCGCCCAAUAUCCUCUGGAACAACUACGACAGCUCAUCGUCUGGGGGCGAUUACAGCUCCCGAACAUGGACAAGCUAUUUCAUGGGGAACUGUACUGAUUGCCAUUUCGAUUUUGCGUGCAUUCACUGGUACCAGGACUGUGACCCUGGCAAUGGACAGUCAGGUGCGGAUUGGUUUACGAGCAAUGUGACGGAUGCAUACAAUACGCUUAACCUACCCAUUUGGAUUACAGAGUUUCAGUGCUAUGGAGAUGACACUCAGCAGGCCUCAUUCUUGGGUGAUGUGAUACCUUGGUUGGAUAGCCAAGAGUAUGUUGAAAGAUAUGCUUACUUUGGCGUGUUUCCGGAUUAUCUACUAAAUGAUGCUGGGAACGCCCUUAGUGAGGCAGGACAGGCUUACACUUCAGCAUAA